UCUGUAUUCAUUAUUUAUAGGACCAACUUUAUCUACAACAUUCAUUCAUCAUAACUGAAAUCCUUUCAUUCUACAAAAAGUGUCAAACAAACCCUAUCCUUUUACAAGCAAAAUCUCCCUUUCAGGAUUCUGUUAUUCUGCAACACACCACUCACUCAUCACACUUCUCAAACCAACCCUUCAUUGCUCCAUCUUCUCUAACCACACCCAGAUAAGAAAGAAGCCAAAAGAUCCAUUUUUUUUUCUUUGGGUCUUCAACAAGAUGGAAAAAAGUGUCUCCAACAACCACCACCUCCACCUUAGGACCAUGCUCACUCUUUCACAGCCACCACCAUCAUCAUCAGCUUCGUUCAAAACCCAGUUGAGAGCGUUCCCGAAAAGGUUGACGGUGAGGGCCAGUGCGGGAAGGAGGCACUGCGAGUUCAGCAGCCUCAACGCGCCCCUUGAGCCACGCUCCCUCGUGGGGAAGUUUCUCGGCGGCGUGUUGCAGAAUCGCCGCCAAUUGUUCCACGUGGUUGCCAAGGAAGAGUUGAAGAUGUUGAGUGAGGAUAGAGACUCUGCUAUUGCUCGCAUGAUUAUCAGUCAGAACUCUGAUGAAGCCCUGCUUCAUAGGAGGAUUGCAAAAGUGAAGGAGGAUGAGUGUAUGGUUGCUAUAUCAGAUGUAAUGUAUUUGCUGAUUCUAUACAAGUUUUCUGAAAUCAGGGUUCAUUUGGUUCCAAAGCUUUCUAGUUGCCUAUACAAUGGAAGGCUAGAGAUAUUGCCUUCUAAGGAUUGGGAUCUGGAGUCUAUUCACAGCAUGGAAGUUUUGGAUAUCAUAAGGCAACAUGUCAGCACUGUCACAGGCUUGAAAUCAAAUCCUAGUGUGAGGGAAAGUUGGGAAACCACUCCAAUUCGACAUAGCUGGCUUGCUCGAGUUUACGUUGCCUCCAUAUUGUAUGGUUACUUUCUGAAGUCAGUUUCAUUGAGGUACACCCUAGAGCAAAGUCUUAACCAUGGUCUUCAUCCGGGUCAGAAAUCUUGCCCUUCAUUUCAUGACAUGUAUCCAUUCAGGUCAAAAGAUGUGAUGCUUGGCAACAAGAAUGACAUGCAAUCUGUGUGGCAUGAUUUAAUCAGGCAGGAAGAGGGAAUUGAGGAUAUAAAAUGUUAUGUUAUGAGCUUUCACCCAGACUCAUUUCAGAGGUGUGCAAAACUGAGAUCUAAGGAAGCUGUGCAGUUGGUAGAGAAUCAUAGUAAUGCACUUUUUGGAAAUGGGAAAUCUGGUUUGUCUCAGCAUGAUGAUGUUAUUGUAACUUCAUUUUCUAGUCUGAGGAGGCUAGUCUUGGAGGCUAUUGCAUUUGGAUCCUUCCUGUGGGAAACAGAAGAUUAUAUUGACAAUGUUUAUAAGCUUAAAGAUCAUGAGGUAAAGUAAAGGAGAAACAUGUUGCUAAGUAAGUUUCCACUUUUAGGCCUAUUCUCUUUGUAUAUAAAUGUGGUUAGAUUUAGGAUAACUUUAUUUUGUAUAGAAUGAUGCAUUACCUCUGAAUAAUGUAUAGUUUUUAAUGCUUGGAUGGUUGCCGGUAAAGAAGAAAAAGAUUUUAACGGGUAACAUAGUUAAAGUUGUUUACUUUA